AUGGAGAAGUACGCUAUUAUUGUCCAGUUCAAGACUGCGUAUUAUAGUUUCUACUUUCCUGUUGUUCUCGCUUUGCACUGGCUUCAGCUGGCAACACCUGACAAUUUGCGUCAGGCUCAUGAUAUCUCGAUACCAAUGGGCGAGGACUUCCAAGUACAAGAUGAUUUUCUGCACCUAUUUGGAGAUCCGACUGUCACCAGCAAAAUUGGCACCGAUAUCCAAGAUAACAAGCGAGUAACUGGAUCAAGCGCAGUCAAAAUUCAGAAGACUUCACUUCGUAACUCGUGA